GAGCAAGUUCGCGUGUGUAACGCGCUGGCGUUACCCGGUUGGUGGUGAUAGUGGUGGUAGAAUCGGACCGCUGUGCAGAACCACAGGCAACCACAAGUAGAAUCCUUGCGAAUCCUUGGAAAAGGUCGACUCGAAUUUUUCCGAAGGACAGUUCACGUGUACAGUUCACUCCUCGCCCCAAUUAUGUUCGCGGCAAAGCGUGCUCUGGCCACCAACACGAUCAAGAAUGUAUACACAUCCUUGAGAUCGAAGCAUUCACUUCCGGAACUACCAUACGAUUACAAGGCUCUGGAACCUAUCAUAUCCGCUGAGAUCAUGGAACUCCAUCAUUCCAAGCAUCACGCGACUUACGUUAACAAUCUGAACGUCGCCGAGGAAAAAAUGCGGGAGGCGGUCGCGAAAGGCGAUGUAAACACACAAAUCGCCCUGGGUCCAGCUAUCAAGUUCAACGGCGGUGGUCAUCUCAAUCAUUCAAUCUUCUGGUGCAAUCUCUCGCCCAACAGUUGCAAACCGGAUGGUGCUCUUGCAAAUCAAAUCACCAAAGACUUUGGCAGUAUGGAGGUAAUGAAGAAGCGCUUGUCCGAAACAACCGUGGCGAUUCAGGGUUCCGGUUGGGGUUGGCUCGGAUACGAUCAGAAGGCCAAGUCGCUGAGGAUAGUGACCUGUGCGAAUCAAGAUCCGCUGCAAGCCACGACCGGUCUCAUUCCUCUCUUCGGCAUCGACGUGUGGGAACACGCCUAUUACUUGCAAUACAAAAACGUACGACCUUCUUACGUGCAAGCGAUCUUCGAUAUUGUUAACUGGCAGGACGUAAACGCACGCUUCAAACUCGCCGCGAGUUGCUAAGAGUUGACAAAGUCGUUUAGGAUUAAGUAUGUUUUUAAGACAUGUUGAGAUGUCGCUUAGAGUGACGCUUCUAGGAUCAAAAGAUAUCAUCAGCAACUUGUCACACACUGUAAUUCGCCUGUGAUUUCAUAUGUGCUUUUCUUUUCUACACUGUAUCCAAAGUGAUCAUGAUCGAGUGAGUAAAACAAAAGUGGAAAGUAUUAAGAA